UAUUUCUGCUGCCACGACGACCAGUCGAUAAUGGUGGACCAUAGAGGAAGAGCGGAUAACGCGAACAUUACAAAACAGCCUCUAAACCGGAAAAAUCAACGGCUAUAAACACACACCACCGGUCCGAUCCGACGGCCCAUAUUCCCUCUGCAAACUUUCUCUUCUUCAGCCUCCCACUCUCUCUCUCUCUUCUCUGUAUCUCUCUCUCUCUCUCUCUCUCUCUCUCUCUCUCUCUAGCUCCAUUGAUGUCUCUAAUCUUGCACGCGCUAUUUCGUAAUUCUAUUCGUUUUUGUAAAUUUUGGGUUUGAAAAUGCCCGCAAUCGAGUCAUUCAGGCCGGUAUUUCGCCAUAGAAUCUCUUCAAAAUGGGGCCAUAAUGGAACGAGCUACUUCCACAACCGAUCUAGGGUUCUUAACCAGAAACCGGGUCAUUUUGUUUCGACUUCGGUAUCGUUUCCUUCGAUUAAUCUGUACAGACAAGCUAGGGUUUCGAAGAACUUAGGGUUUCUGAGGAAUCAUCGCGGUUGGAGGGAGAGUAGGAUUCGCGCCAAUACUCAGGAUGGGGACUCGAAGGCGAGUCCGAGCGAGAAGAGUGAAGCGAAGGCCGGCGAAGGCCAGCGAGUCGCUAAGAGUUCAUCGAGUUCCAAUUCGAAGUUGCCGCCGCGGAGAGGAAAAGGCGGUUGGUGGAAGGGCGGGAAGUGGCGCUGGCAGCCGAUUAUUCAGGCGCAGGAGAUCCGUAUAUUGUUGUCGCAAUUGGCGAUCGUCAUGUUUGUGAUGCGGUUGCUCCGGCCGGGAUUACCGUUGCCAGGGUCGGAGCCGAGGACUCCGACGGUGUUUGUGAGCGUUCCGUACAGUGAGUUUUUGAGCAGGAUUGAUAAUAAUCUGGUGCAGAAGGUCGAAGUUGAUGGAGUUCAUAUAAUGUUUAGGUUAAAAUCCGAAGCGGGUAGUGUGGAAAGCGAUGCGGGCAGCGCGAGUAAGUUGCAGGAAACGGAGGCAUUGAUACGAAGUGUGGCACCGACGAAGCGGAUUGUGUACACAACUACCCGUCCGAGCGACAUAAAGACUCCGUAUGAGAAAAUGCUCGAGAACAAUGUUGAAUUUGGGUCUCCGGACAAACGGUCGGGUGGAUUUUUGAACUCCGCAUUGAUAGCUUUGUUUUAUAUUGCUGUGCUUGCAGGACUUCUCCAUCGGUUCCCUGUAAGCUUCUCUCAGCAUACAGCCGGUCAACUUAGGAACCGCAAAUCUGGGGGUCCUGGUGGAGCUAAAGUGUCUGAACAGGGGGAAACAAUUACAUUUGCUGACGUUGCAGGUGUUGAUGAGGCUAAGGAAGAGCUAGAAGAAAUUGUGGAAUUUCUCAGGAAUCCUGACAGGUAUGUGCGUGUUGGUGCUCGUCCUCCUCGAGGUGUUCUCCUGGUGGGCCUUCCCGGGACAGGAAAGACUCUUCUAGCAAAGGCUGUGGCUGGGGAGGCUGAAGUUCCUUUCAUAAGUUGUUCUGCGAGUGAAUUUGUUGAAUUGUAUGUUGGCAUGGGGGCAUCCCGUGUGAGAGAUCUUUUUGCACGGGCAAAGAAGGAGGCACCAUCUAUUAUCUUUAUUGAUGAAAUUGAUGCAGUGGCAAAAAGCCGCGAUGGUAGAUUACGUGUUGUCAGCAAUGAUGAGCGAGAGCAGACCUUGAACCAGUUGCUCACUGAGAUGGAUGGUUUUGACAGCAACUCUGCAGUGAUUGUUCUCGGAGCAACUAAUCGCUCGGAUGUCUUAGACCCUGCACUUCGCCGUCCAGGGAGAUUUGAUCGUGUUGUUAUGGUGGAAACACCUGAUAGGACUGGAAGAGAAGCCGUUUUAAAAGUACAUGUUUCCAAGAAAGAACUUCCUUUAGGAGAGGAUGUCAAUCUUGGCGAUAUUGCGUCUAUGACCACUGGUUUCACUGGGGCAGACCUUGCAAACUUGGUAAAUGAAGCUGCUUUGUUAGCUGGUAGACAAGAUAAAGAAGUUGUAGAGAAAAUUGAUUUUAUUCAAGCAGUGGAGCGCUCAAUAGCUAUGGCAUCGGUUCAUUCUAUUUUAACAUCAAUUGUGUGCAAGAAUGGAAAUCAUUCUGCUUCUGGGAGGUUGGCAAGUACCUUCUUUCCUGCAUUUGAUGGGGUUGGCUGUGUUGGUAGUGUGUGGCAUAAGGAAUCAUGCCCUUCUUCUGUGAGUUUGGUCCCUAAAGCAACGUUGACAUUUGAUCCCCCAACAACGGGUUCUGAAAAGACCAAACAAAUAAAGCAUACAAUUGAUCCUGCUGCCCCUGACUUCAUCCCACUUCCAUCCUUUGAACAAUGUUUCCCAAGGAGCUCAAAGGAAUAUAGGGAAGUUGUUCAUGAACAAUCUGGUCAUGCACUAAAAGUUCCAUUUCGACGAAUCCACUUGGCAGGGGAUGAACCACAUUUUGACACUUAUGACACUAGUGGUCCUCAGAACAUCAGCCCAAAUGUUGGACUUCCUAAAUUGCGCAAAGACUGGAUUGACAGGAGGGCGGCAUUAGGUGGACCAAGAUACACUCAGAUGUUCUUUGCCAAGCAGGGAAUAAUAACUGAGGAAAUGCUGUACUGUGCUGCUCGUGAGAAUCUGGACCCAGAGUUUGUGAGGUCUGAGGUUGCUCGAGGGCGGGCAAUCAUCCCUUCAAACAAGAAGCACUUGGAAUUGGAGCCAAUGGUGGUUGGAAGAAAUUUCUUGGUCAAAGUUAAUGCAAAUAUUGGAAACUCCGCUGUUCUGAGCUCCAUUGAGGAAGAAGUUCACAAGCUUCAAUGGGCGACAAUGUGGGGUGCUGAUACUGUCAUGGACCUCUCUACAGGUCGCCACAUACAUGAGACUCGUGAGUGGAUCCUACGUAACUCUGCUGUACCAAUAGGGACUGUGCCGAUAUAUCAGGCACUUGAAAAAGUAAAUGGAAUUGCUGAAAAUCUUAGCUGGGAAGUUUUUCGAGACACCCUGAUUGAACAGGCUGAGCAAGGUGUAGAUUACUUCACAAUUCAUGCUGGGGUCCUGCUUCGAUACAUCCCAUUAACAGCAAAGCGCAUGACUGGAAUUGUUUCCCGCGGAGGAUCUAUUCAUGCAAAAUGGUGCUUAACUUAUCACAAGGAGAACUUUGCUUAUGAACACUGGGAUGACAUACUUGACAUCUGUAAUCAGUAUGACGUAGCACUAUCAAUAGGUGACGGUCUAAGGCCUGGGUCAAUUUAUGAUGCCAACGACACUGCUCAAUUUGCAGAGCUUUUAACUCAAGGAGAACUGACACGAAGGGCAUGGGAAAAGGAUGUACAGGUGAUGAAUGAAGGGCCCGGGCAUAUUCCAAUGCAUAAGAUUCCUGAAAACAUGCAAAAACAGCUGGAGUGGUGUAAUGAAGCGCCUUUCUACACUCUUGGGCCUUUAACAACUGAUAUUGCUCCUGGAUAUGAUCAUAUUACCUCAGCCAUUGGUGCUGCAAACAUUGGUGCUCUUGGUACUGCACUUCUCUGUUAUGUAACACCAAAAGAGCACCUUGGGUUGCCAAAUAGGGAUGAUGUGAAAACUGGUGUUAUAUCCUAUAAGAUAGCUGCUCAUGCAGCUGAUUUGGCCAAAGGUCACCCACAUGCUCAAGCAUGGGACGAUACAUUAAGCAAGGCAAGAUUUGAGUUCCGAUGGUUGGACCAGUUUGCUUUGUCAUUGGACCCCAUGACUGCUAUGUCCUUCCAUGAUGAAACCCUGCCAUCUGAUGGUGCCAAAGUCGCACAUUUUUGCUCUAUGUGCGGGCCAAAGUUCUGUUCUAUGAAGAUAACUGAAGAUGUACGGAGGUAUGCCAAGGAGCAUGGCUAUGGUAGUCCCGAGGAAGCUGUGAAGCAUGGAAUGGAUGCCAUGAGUGCUGAGUUUCUGGCUGCCAAUAAAACCGUAACUGGGGAACAGCAUGGCGAAACUGGUGGAGAAAUCUAUUUACCAGCAAGCUACAUAAACUCUUUGGAGAAGCGAAGUGCUCCGUGAAAAAGGAGAAUGGGUUUGAAAAAUGUUGAGGGCUGUCGCAUGAAAUGCUUACGAAGAAUGUUGAUCCCAGUCUGUGGCUGAGUAAGUUUGUGUUUGUCGAGUAAACUUUGUAACUUGUGUCUUCUAAGGCAUCUUCCUUCUGCUUGUUUUAGAGCUUCUAAAAAUAAUAAGAAAAACUUCAACGUGUGUUCCAUAUCCAAGUUAUGUUUAUUUUUAAGCUGUUAUAUUGACGAAAGAAAUGCACCAGGGGUGCCUGUUUUUCUGCCUUGGCAUCAACUUUUGAGCAAUGGUGCAGGCAGAUCAGGCUGAGAAAGUCCCUUUGAACCUGAACAGGAUAAUGCCUGCGUAGGGAGUGUGCUUUUUCUUUUCCCUUUGUUUUCUGUGCUUGCACAGGGAGAGAGCUUCUCUACGUGGAUGGGGCUCAGCUGAUCCAUGUUUGGCAGGUUUGGAGUCAUGGCCAGGCUUCUGUGUGGCUGGGAAGUAUACUAAACCCACGAACUUCUCUUUCUUCUAUCGCAAAAAUAAGUCCAAAUCUAAGCAAUGGUUUAGAUGACGCGUGCGAAGAAUGCAUAGGCAUUGCAUGGAUAUAACACCCACACCGUUUUGAAAAUUUUUGUCUGAACUCAAGAGCAGGCAAGCAGCAUAUUCCAUGUUAUUUUUGUUAAUUCUUAAGUUCAUUAUUCACCAAUAAAGCUCAAGUCGAGUGGAAGAAACUGUAAAUUGUGUUGAUGUUUUGGAACUAGUGCUAUCUGUUCUGUGCUUGGUAAAUUCAAGCGGGAUGGAAUUGGCUGAAAUAAAAUUAAACUUAUUCCUUCA